UCUACCCCCAACAAAUACAAGAGUAUACCUGAUAGAAUGAGAAGCUCUUCAUGCAAUGAAACUGGGCAUAAUGUUGACCAAGACUCAUAUCUCAUGAAACAACAGGGACAUCAAUUUUCAGACAACAAUUCUAAACAUCAUAAGUGUAGGAAUAUAUUUUAUCAAAGCUCAAAUCUUACUAUUAAUACUUAUAAGAAUAUGGAUGUUGGAGAGAAGACUUAUAAUUGUUAUGAUUAUGGUAAAGUUUUUAACCAGUCUCCAAAACUUAUUCAACAGCAGAAUAUUCAGACUAAGCAGAAACAUUGCAAGUGUAAUACAUGUGGAAAAGUCUUUAGUAACUCACCAAAUCUAAGUAGACAUAGGAAAAUUCAUACAGGAAGAAAAUAUUUCAAAUGUAUAGCAUGUGGCCAAACCUUUAAUCAGAGUUCAUAUUUAACUGAACAUCUGGGAAUCCAUGCUGGGAAGAAACUAUACAAAUGUACAGAAUGUGAGAAAGUCUUUAUCUGCUGUUCAUGUGUUACUCAACAUCAGCAAAUUCACACUAGGGAGAGACCUUAUAAAUGUACAGACUGUGGCAAAGCCUUUAUCCAUUUUUCACUUCUUACUCGACAUCAACGAAUACAUUCUGGGGAGACACCUUAUAAAUGUACAGCAUGUUGCAAAGCCUUUAUCCGUUAUUCACUUCUUACUCGACAUCAACGAAUCCAUACUGGGGAGAGACCUUAUAAAUGUACAGCAUGUGGCAAGGCUUUUAAGCACAGUUCAAAUUUAACUCAACAUCACCGAAUCCAUACUGGGGAGAGACCUUAUAAAUGUACAGCAUGUGGCAAGGCUUUUAAGCACACUUCAAAUUUAACUCAACAUCAGCGAAUCCAUACCGGGGAAAGGCCUUAUAAAUGUACAGACUGUGGCAAAUCCUUUUCCCACAAAUCAGGUCUUUCUCGACAUCAGAGAGUUCAUACUGCAGAGAAAUGUUAGAAAUGUAAGGAAUGUGGCCGAGAAUUUCAUCACAGCCAUCACCUCACUCACAAUCAGAGAAUACAUACUGCAGAGAAACCCUAGAAA